UGGCACAGUGUGUGUGUGGAGGCGAGGAAACGAGAGUGGCGAUGGCGGCAGCGGCGGCGCUGCUACACUCCUCCGCCGUGGGAGGAGCUCCACGACCCUCCUCGGCCAAGCCCAAGGCCAAGAUCCUCCCACCGCCAUCGCUCCUGGUAACUCGAUUCUCUCCAUCUCCACUAGCAGCAGCCGCGAUCUCGUCGCGAAUCUCCCAGUUGGGCUCCGUGCUGGUGGCCGAUCUCCAUCGCCCACUUCCUCGCCAGCGCCGGGGCGGGCAAAUCCGGGCCUCCACAGCGGCGGCGCCGCCGCCACUCCCGGCCGAGGUUCCCAAGCCCAAGUGGGAGGGCGCCGAUCUCAAGAGCUUGGCCUUCUCGGUGGCGACUGGGCUGCUGGUGUGGCUCAUCCCACCCCCGCAGGGCGUGACGAGCAGCGCAUGGCAUCUCCUCAGCAUCUUCCUGGCCACCAUCGUCGGGAUCAUCACGCAGCCUCUCCCGCUCGGCGCGGUGGCGCUCAUGGGCCUGGGCGCCGCGGUGCUCACGAGAACUCUCUCCUUCGCGGCAGCCUUUAGCGCGUUUGGCGAUCCCAUCCCCUGGCUCAUCGCGCUCGCCUUCUUCUUCGCCAAGGGAUUCAUCAAGACCGGGCUGGGCAACCGCGUCGCCUACCAGUUCGUGGCGCUCUUCGGCAAGACCUCUCUCGGGCUGGGAUACAGUCUGGUUUUCAGCGAAGCUCUCCUCGCGCCGGCGAUUCCAUCCGUGUCCGCCAGGGCUGGGGGGAUCUUCCUGCCGCUCGUCAAGGCGCUGUGCCUGGCUUGCAACAGCAAAGUUGGCGAUGGCACCGAGCGCCGGCUUGGAGCGUGGCUCAUGCUUACGUGCUUCCAGACCAGCGUCGUCUCCUCGGCGAUGUUCCUCACGGCUAUGGCGGCGAAUCCUCUGAGCGUGAACUUGGCGACUGGCAGCACGGGGUUGGCGAUUGGGUGGACGGACUGGGCGGUGGCGGCGGUGGUUCCCGGGCUGGUGUCGCUGCUGGUUGUGCCGCUGCUGCUCUACGUUAUCUAUCCGCCGACUGUCAAGAGUAGCCCGGAUGCGCCGAGGCUGGCCAGGGAGAAGCUUGACAAGAUGGGACCGAUGAGCAAGAACGAGUGGAUCAUGACUGGAACUUUGAUCGUCACGGUCGGGCUGUGGAUCUUCGGCUCGGCUAUCAAAGUCGACGCCGUCACCGCUGCCAUCCUCGGCCUCUCGGUUCUACUCACCACCGGAGUCGUGACAUGGAAGGAGUGCCUGGGCGAAGCCGUUGCUUGGGACACACUGACAUGGUUCGCAGCUCUCAUCGCCAUGGCCGGAUAUCUCAACAAGUAUGGACUCAUCGCGUGGUUUAGCCAGACAGUCGUCAAGGUUGUGGGUGGUCUGGGCUUGUCAUGGCAAGCCUCUUUCGGGAUCCUCGUCAUGCUCUACUUCUACUCGCACUAUUUCUUCGCAAGUGGUGCUGCUCACAUCGGUGCUAUGUUCACGGCUUUUCUCUCGGUGUCCACCGCGCUUGGAACUCCACCGCUGUUUGGAGCGCUGGUUCUCGCCUUCCUCUCCAAUCUCAUGGGAGGAUUGACGCACUACGGCAUUGGAUCGGCUCCGGUUUUCUAUGGUGCUGGAUACGUGCCGCUGUCCACCUGGUGGGGCUAUGGAUUCUUGAUGAGCGUCGUCAAUUUGGUGAUCUGGUUGGGAGUUGGAGGAUUUUGGUGGAAGCUCCUUGGCCUCUGGUAGAUCACAACAUACACGGCGGAGUAUUGGAAGGGACGAACCAUUCCAAUAUUUUUUUCUUCUCUCUCUCUCUCUCUCUCUUGCUGCUGGGUUCUAAGCAGCCUUCCAUUUUUCUUUGAACACACACUUACAAAAAGAGAUCAAAUAAGAUUCCAAAGCAGAAACAUAUAAAAGUUGAGCUAAAA